GGUGUGGUGGAUUUCUAAAUAUAAAAAAUUGACCGAGAAGAAACCCUGGCCCCUUCAAAAUAACCAUCAAUCACUCCGCCACACCGUCAACUGCAACCCCCCCAGGCGAAUGGAGAGUAGUUGCAGCACGAACGACGUCGUAAAGUGGCGUGCAGAGGAUGCCGUAGCUGGCAAUGCAGAAGCUCUUCAAGCUCUACGAGAACUCAUAACAUAUCCUCUUCUCUACUCUCGCCAAGCCAAAAAACUCGGCCUUAAGUGGCCUCGUGGAUUGCUGCUGUACGGUCCUCCUGGCACCGGAAAGACUAGCUUGGUUCGUGCGGUUGUUCGUGAAUGUGAUGCACACUUGAUUGUUCUGAGUCCACACACUGUUCACAGAGCCCAAGCAGGUGAAAGUGAGAAAGUUUUGCGGGAUGCGUUUUCUGAAGCAUCUUCACACAUCAAAUCUGGAAAACCUUCUGUUAUAUUCAUAGACGAAAUCGACGCUAUCUGUCCCCGUCGUGAUUCUAGAAGACAACAAGAUAUCCGUGUAGCAUCUCAGCUUAUCAUGCUUAUGGACUCAAGUGCUACAUCAGCAUCAGGGACAAAAGUUGUAGUGGUUGCAUCAACCAACAGAGUAGAUGCACUUGAUCUUGCACUAAGAAGGUCAGGCCGAUUUGAUGCUGAAAUCGAAGUCACAACUCCAAAUGAGGAAGAACGCCUUCAAAUUCUUAAGCUAUACACAAAGAAGGUUCCACUGGAUCCUAGUGUUAACUUGGAAGUGAUAGCAGCGUUGUGCAAUGGUUAUGUUGGGGCUGAUUUAGAAGCUUUAUGUCGGGAGGCUGCUAUGUGUGCAGUGAAAAGAUGUUCAAAUGUUGAAGAAGCUAAUGUUUGCAGCUUAUUAAUGGAUGAUUGGAAGAUUGCCAGGUCUAUUGUGGGCCCAAGCAUCACAAGAGGUGUUACUGUCGAAAUUCCCAAGGUUUCUUGGGAUGACAUUGGGGGACUACACAAUUUAAAGAAAAAACUGAAGCAAGCAGUUGAGUGGCCUUUAAAACAUUCCGAAGCAUUUGAAAAGUUGGGUGUGUCGCCUAUACGUGGUAUUCUUCUUCACGGACCUCCGGGAUGCUCAAAAACUACUCUUGCUAAAGCAGCUGCUCAUGCGGCUCAAGCCUCUUUCUUUUCUUUAAGUGGUGCAGAAUUAUUUUCCAUGUAUGUUGGAGAAGGUGAAGCAUUAUUACGUAAUACAUUUCAUAGAGCUCGCCUUGUUGCACCAAGCAUUAUCUUCUUUGAUGAAGCUGAUGUCGUUGCAGCUAAACGAGGAACCAGUUCAAGUGGCAGUACAACAGUUGCAGAAAGACUUCUGUCUACUCUGCUCACUGAAAUGGAUGGCCUAGAAGAGGCUAAAGGAAUACUUGUUUUGGCUGCCACUAAUCGACCACACGCGAUUGACAACGCUCUAAUGCGACCUGGACGAUUCGAUCUCGUGUUAUACGUACCCCCACCAGACCUAGAAGCCCGAUACGAAAUACUACGUGUGCAUACGCGUGGCAUGAAUAUCGACAACGAUGUUGAUCUCAAGCAAAUAGCACAAGAAACCGAACGUUUCACAGGGGCUGAGUUAGAAGGUUUAUGUAGAGAAGCUGGAAUUGUAGCCCUUAGAGAAGACAUAACCGCCACCGUCAUACACAACCGUCAUUUUCAAACCGUCAAAAGCUCGUUAAACCCGGCUUUGACCAGUGAAGAAAUAGAUUCAUAUGCAUCUUAUAGGAACAUAAAAUCUACAUGGAAACCACGACUUCAGGUUGUGUAUUCGGGUAAACCGCGCACGAACAACUGGUUGUCGGUUCCUGUUACGAUGGGGGUUGUGGGUGUAAUCGUGGUGUUAGGUUCAUUAGGUUAUAAUAUGAACUACUUGAAAAGUCCAACAUCUGGAAAAAUGGUCUGCACUUAACAUAUGUUAUACAUUAAGAUUUUAAAGGUUUAUUGAUUGUUAUUUUUUCAUUUUAAA